AUGCUGGUUUUCCGUCCGGCGGGGAGGGAGUAUUCGCUAGACCUCGACAGCUUUGCAUUGGAAUGGAGGAAGGCCGUGUCGCGCAUGGAGGAGAGCAAGAGCAAGGUGAUUCCCAUCUUCCUGGAGACGGCCAGACGCCAGGGGCAGCGCACUGAAAACCUACCACGAGCGUGA